ACAACCAAAAAAUUGAUAGCUCCACGCCUCCACCUUUCUGGUUUCUCCUUUCCUCUGCACAUUUUAUACGACAGCAUAUACCACAUUGUACUGUAGCUAUCUUUACGUUGAAGGUCUGGUGAACUAGAUCGAAUAAUGGCUGGAGGUUACAGGAAAAGAACCCAGAAAACCAGGAGCCGAAAACCACCCAACUCUUCUGGUCGGGCACUCUUCGUCCACGGCGGUGAAUUGGCCGAUUGGUCCCAAAAAUCCCCAUCUCCCAAAGUACGAAACCCUAACCCUAAUUCGGAAAACAGAAGAACUAAGUCUCCAUCUCCCAGGGUACGGAACCCUAACCCUAAUUCUGAUAACGGAAGAGCUAAGUCGGUGUCUCGAUCUGGGAAUACUGAUCGGGGGAAAGGUUUAGUUUGGUCCAGAAUCGAGUCUGAGAAACCUAGGGGAAGUGCUUUUGGUUAUGUUUAUCCUGCUGUUGAUUAUCAGGAAGGCUCACUUGCAAAUGAGGGUGAAAAUGCAGAAAACACUUUAGAUGAGUCGCAUCCUCUGGUUCUUGUUGAUUCCCAUGAGACUAAAAUUGUCGCUCAUUUAGACCAGACACCAGCUAUGGAACUCCAAAAUUUGGAAUUUACUUAUGACUACUUCCCAAGUUUUGCAAUGGAUGAUACCUCUCAUAGAGGAUUGGGCUUUUGUGCUGAAGCAGAAGUAACUCCGAGUGGUAUUGGACCAUCAUUGCAAAUGGAAGAGAAAGAAGGCUUUGAUUCAUCAUCUUCUGAGGAAGAAAUGGUUGGCAGGUUGGAUUAUACCCCCGAUGCAAAUCCUGAAGUGGUUAAUGAUUUUCAGGCAGAAACCUCAUCUCCGGAGAAAAAUUCAGGGUUUUUGUCCAUUGGAGGCUUGAAACUGUAUACACAAGACAUUUCAGAUGAGGAAAAUGGUGAGGAUGAUGCAGAAGAGUUGAGCGAUGAGGAAAGCGUAGAAACUUCUGCUUCAGGGGAAUCCAUAGAAACAUCUGAUAGUGAUUCGGAGGACACUUCUGAGAGUGAUUCGGAUAUUGAUGAAGAGGUUGCAAAAGACUACUUUGAAGGAAUUGGUGGGACUGACAAAGUUGUGGAUGUCGAGCAAUUCGUAGCGCAGCGACUUGAUGUUUCUGAUGAUGAUAAGAAUACCUUUGGUGGUAGUUUUAAUGAGACUUUGAAAAAGUUGGGUGGGAUUGCUCUACAGGAUGCAUCAAGGGAAUAUGGCAUGAAGAAGCCGCAGUCUAGAAGGAAGUACCAUGGAGAGACUUCAAGACGGAAAACUACUGCCCAUGAUUUGUCGUCUGUUAUGGAGGAUAUUAUGUUUGUCAAGGAUCCUAGAACCAUUUCUGGGAGGAAGAAACAUGUUGCUCGAUUUCCUCAGUCUUGGCCUUCUGAGACUCAAAAAAGUAAAAAUUUCAGGAAUUUUCCAGGUGAAAAAAAGAAACAUCGCAAAGAAACGAUUGCUUUGAAGCGGCGUGAGAGAAUGAUUGGCCGUGGUGUUGAUCUUGAGCAGAUCAGUUCGACAUUACAACAGAUGGUUUCUGGUGGAGUAGAUAUGUUAUCAUUUCAGCCCAUGCACUCCCGCGAUUGUUCGCAGGUGCAAAGGGUAGCAUCAAUUUAUCGCUUGCGGAGUUUUUGCCAAGGUUCUGGUAAGAAAAGAUUCGUAACAGUGACCCGUACUCAACACACAUCUAUGCCAUCUUCCAGUGAUAAGCUUCGCCUGGAGAAGCUUAUUGGAGCUGGUGAUGAGGAUGCCGAUUUUACAGUCAACAAUGUACAAUCAAUCAAGGGAGAUCGAAACGGAGCUAGAAAAACUGCCAAGGGAAUUGGUUUGGGCCCGCUAGAAAAAUCGCAAUCUGCACCAAGCAAGUCGCUCAAGAACUCCGCCAAUUUCCAUGGCAGCAGUGAAGUAAGCAAGAAUAAAAGGAGUGGGAAACCAGUCUCAUAUGCUGCACAACCAGUCUCUUUUGUGUCCAGUGGUAUAUUGCUAUCUGAUACUCUUGAGAUCAAUGCCAUUGAUUCAAAGGAGACAAGUGACAUUUCCCCAGAGAACAAAGUUGGGGCCAGUUCAUCUAAAUACGGUGCCUUCGAAAUGCACACUACUGGCUUUGGAUCAAAGAUGAUGGCUAAAAUGGGAUUCACAGAAGGUAGUGGGCUGGGAAAGGACGGUCAAGGAAUAGCGGAGCCCAUUGAAGCGAUCCAAAGGCCGAAAUCGCUUGGGCUAGGUGCAGAAUCCUCUGGAACCGAUACUAACUUGUAUAAGACUGAAUCUAAGAGAUUUGGGAGGAAUGACCCCAUUGAGGCGAUUCGGCGGCCCAAGUCGCUUGGCUUAGGUGCCGAAUCCUCUGGAACAAGUACUAACUCAUCAAAGACUGCACUUAAGAAGUUUAGUAAGAAUGAGCCUCAGAGACUUGGAGCUUUUGAAAAGCAUACCAAGGGGUUUGGAUCGAAAAUGAUGGCCAAGAUGGGCUUUGUGGAAGGAAUGGGCCUGGGGAGGGAUUCCCAAGGUAUUGUUGACCCAUUGGCUGCAGUCAGGCUUCCAAAAUCCAGAGGAUUGGGUGCUAAAGGUUAGUUAUUUAUCGCACUUGCACAGGGAAAGAAUAAUCUCCUUGCUUUUUUUUUUAAUGUGAUUUUAGUACCAAGCAAUGGAUGCAGUUUAUUUAUAUGUAUCGAACCUAACUUGUAAUUUAGCUUAAUUAUGCGACACUAAUGCAUUAUUUGCAUUGUUGUGCUUUAA